AUGCAUAUUCCAACUAUUCAGUCUCUCUUUUGCCUUUCGCUUCUCUCCCUGUCUAGCGUGUCUGCCGUUCCUCUCAAUGAGAAUCUGCAGCCCAGAGCUGCCACAACGGUGCUUGCAAAUGUAUUCAGGCUUCUGCUUCAUCUUCAUCCGUGGCAGCAGCAAAAAUACGUCCACCUUGAAAAAGUCUUCGACCACCAAAAGAGUUACGCCCUCUACAAGAAAGACCACUUCGUCUACAAAACAGGCCAGCACUUCGAUCAAAACUGCAAUAAAACAAGUUUCUUUUUCGACCAGAGCAUCGUCUUCGACCAAAGCAUCGUCUCCGACCAAGAGCUCGUCCUCGAUCAAAAAGACAAGUACCUCAACCAAGCAGUCAAUAGCAUCGAAACCUUCAACAUCAUCAAAAGCAUCGACAUCACAAAAGACUACUGCCAAGUCAACGAUUGUCGCAAGCAGCAAGUCAACGUGGACGUCCGUGUCAAGCAAGCAGAGCAGCAGCAGCUCUAG